GCGCAGUGCGCGUUCGCCUCUCCCCUGCGCGCUGAGGCGGCGCCGCCGCCGCCAUUUUGAGAGCGCGCCGCGCGGUGCCGCGUCCGCCGCCGCCGCCAUGCGUCCCGGCAUAAAGCUCUUCGUGGGCAACGUGCCCGAGGAGGCCACGGCGGAGGAGCUGAGCGAGCUGUUCGCCGGCGCCGCCGGGCCCGUGCUCGGCGUCGCGCUCAUGAAGCAGUUCGCGUUCGUGCACUUGCGGGACGAGGCGGCGGCCGCGCGCGCCAUCACGCAGCUCAACGGGCACCAGCUGCACGGGCGCCGCAUCGUGGUGGAGCCGUCGCGGCCGCGGCCCACUAACACCUGCAAGAUCUUCGUGGGCAACGUGUCGGCCGCGUGCACGAGCGGCGAGCUGCGCUCGCUCUUCCAGCAGUACGGCACCGUGGUCGAGUGCGACGUGGUCAAAGACUAUGCAUUUGUGCACAUGGAGAACGAAGCAGAUGCAAAAGUUGCCAUCGAAAAUCUUAACGGGAAGGAGGUGAAAGGAAGACGAGUCAAUGUGGAACUCUCUACUAACGUGCAGAAAAAGGGAGCAGCCCAGACUAUCCAGGCAGGCGUCGUUGUUGACAAGAACAAGCGGAUAGGGCUGGAGUAUAGGGAAAAGUUCCAGCCCAAGAUAGACGGUUUUGAGCAGCGGCGCGCGGCGGACUCCAGCUUCGCGGCCGCCGGCUACGCGGCCUCGUCCUCCCUGUACGAUUACCAGCAGCGCUUCGGCGGCAACGGCACCACCAAGUACGACGCGCUGGAGGCGGCGGCGCGGCCCGCCUCGCCCGCCUGCUUCGGCAGGGACCGCAGCCCGCUGCGGCGCUCGCCCUCGCGCACCGCCUACGCCGGCUCCAUUGAGGCCCGGGUGGGCUCUGCAGACCCCACACAGACCUCCCCGGGCUCCAUGCAGGCCCAGGCAGUCUCUACAGGACCCGAGUGCUCCCUGGGGCCCAUAUAG